ACACAAAAAUGAGAGGAUAGUCUGCUUUCACCACAGGUCACCUCUGAGUAUUGCUACAAUUCCUGCUGAAUAAUUUCCAGGUCUCUUCCCUUAGAGAGAGUUCCUCUCUGAACUGUCUUCUGCUGCUGAGGAUAUUGCAUCAUAAGUCAUGUCCACCCUGAAAGAAAUUUGUGGUGGGCUCCCCUUGUACCCAAUUCCUGAGAACAGAGGCCGAACAGCAGGGAUCCCCCAUGCUCCGGUCAGGACCCCCAACCUCACUGUCCAGGAAAAAAAGCUGGCUUUGAAGAAUGCCCUGCGUUACUUCCCAGCUGACUUGCAUGAAUUGCUGGCAUCAGAAUUUGCCAAAGAACUGAAGCUUUAUGGACACAUCUACAUGUAUAGGUUCUGCCCCCAAAUUGUGAUGAGAGCUUACCCCAUCCAGGAAUAUCCUUGCAAAACUAUACAAGCUGCUGCAAUAAUGCACAUGAUUAUGAAUAAUUUAGACCCUGCAGUGGCACAGUUCCCCCAAGAACUUGUAACUUAUGGAGGAAAUGGACAAGUUUUCAGCAACUGGGCCCAGUUCUGGCUGGUGAUGCGCUAUUUGUCUGAGAUGACUGAAGAUCAGACUUUAGUCAUGUACAGUGGGCAUCCUUUAGGACUGUUUCCUAGCCACCGCAAUGCUCCUCGAUUAGUCAUCACCAAUGGCAUGGUAAUUCCUAACUAUUCCUCCAGAGAAGAAUAUGAGCGAAUGUUUGCGAUGGGGGUUACAAUGUAUGGACAGAUGACAGCAGGGAGCUAUUGCUACAUUGGACCACAAGGAAUAGUCCACGGCACAGUGCUCACAGUGCUGAAUGCUGGCCGUCACUACUUGGGAGUAGAGAAUCUCGCUGGGAAAGUCUUUGUUACAUCUGGACUUGGAGGAAUGAGUGGAGCUCAAGCAAAGGCCGCAGUCAUUGCUGGCUGCGUUGGAGUUAUCGCCGAGGUGGAUGAAGCUGCCCUUUUAAAACGACAUCAGCAAGGGUGGCUGAUGGAAAUCACAAAGAGUCUGGACCAAUGCAUUGCUCGGCUUAGAGAAGCAAAGAAGAGGAAAACAGCUCUGAGUUUAGGAUAUCAUGGAAAUGUAGUUGAUCUUUGGGAGAGGCUUGUUGAGGAAUUUGAGAAAACUGGAGAAUUAUUGGCUGACCUGGGAUCUGACCAAACAUCUUGUCACAACCCAUUCAAUGGAGGCUACUACCCAGUACAGCUCACGUUUAAGGAGGCAAACCAGCUCAUGUCCAGCAAUCCUGUAAAAUUUCAGGCUCUCGUGCAAGAAAGCUUGAGGAGACAAGUGGCUGCCAUCAACAAACUUUCUGAUCAUGGGUUGUUUUUCUGGGAUUAUGGAAAUGCUUUUCUUCUCGAAGCUCAGAGAGCAGGUGCUGAUGUUGGAGGAGCCAACAAAGGAGAAUUCCGAUACCCUUCCUAUGUUCAGCACAUUAUGGGUGACAUUUUUUCUCUGGGGUUUGGCCCAUUUCGCUGGGUUUGUACCUCAGGCAACCCAGAAGACUUGGCAUCCACUGACAGUAUUGCCUCAUCAGUGCUUGAAGAAGCUGUCCUUGAGGAAGUGAAUGUAUCUGUAAAGCAGCAAUACCGUGAUAACAUCCAUUGGAUUCAGGAAGCCAGGAGGCACAAUUUGGUUGUAGGAUCCCAAGCCAGAAUUUUGUACUCUGAUCAAAAAGGCCGUGUGGCUAUUGCAGUAGCUAUUAAUCAAGGCAUUGCUAAAGGAAGAAUUAAGGCACCAGUGGUUCUUAGCCGAGACCACCAUGAUGUAAGUGGGGCUGACAGUCCUUACAGAGAGACUUCGAACAUCUAUGAUGGUUCCGCAUUUUGUGCAGAUAUGGCUGUUCAAAAUUUUGUAGGAGACUCUUUCAGAGGAGCUACCUGGGUUGCCUUACAUAAUGGUGGUGGUGUUGGCUGGGGAGAAGUGAUCAAUGGAGGAUUUGGUCUCGUGCUGGAUGGCUCAGCUGAUGCAGAAGAACGUGCCAAGAUGAUGUUGAGCUGGGAUGUGUCCAAUGGAGUUGCUAGACGCUGUUGGUCAGGCAACAAGAAUGCUUAUGAAACCAUCUGCCAAGCCAUGGAGAAAGAAGAGAAACUCAAGGUGACUCUUCCCCAUCAGGUGGUUAAUGUCAACAUCCUGGAGCAAGCCCUUCAGUCUUAACCUUACAGUGGGCUUCUAGUCUGCCUUAUAACAUUGCUCUUUCCCCUGCAAUAAAUCCCAGUUUGUGAUAUAAUAAAAGCUUCUUUGAAUCUG